AUGAUAAAAUCUUUAAGAAAUUUGGUUGUUCAUGAAAAAAAGAUAAAGGGAGUUUUAUUAAGAAGAAAUUAUAUCAUUAAAUUAUUUAAUUCUAUAGAUUAUAGAAAUAAAAAAAUAAAUUUAUAUAGAUUAAAUAAAUAUUUAGACUUACAAAAUAGUAAAAAUGAUUUUAUGAUAAGUAAAGUAAAUUUAUUUAAAGGUAUGAAUUAUCCUUUUAACAAAUGGAGUGAAAAUACAAGUAAUGAAAAUAUGCUUUCAAAAAAGAGCAAUAUAAGUAAUUACAAUGAAAAAAUGAAGAAUCAUACUAUUAUAAGAAAUAAUAUAAAUAAAAUAGUAAAUGUUGAGAAAAGUAAAAGUUCAAAUGGUAUUAAUUGUAAUAAAUUAUAUGUAAGAAAUUUUAGUAAUAUUUCUAGUAAUAAAAACGAACAGGUAAAAGAAGAAGUAUUAGUUAGUAAUGUUACAAAAGAAAAAGAAUUAAAUACUACUAGUAAAAAUAAUAAAACAAUAAAACAAAUGUAUAUAGAUAAAAAACAAAAAGAAAAAAUGAUAAAAUUGUAUCUACUUUUAAGUUUAAUAUUAAUUCCUUUUGGAUAUACAUAUAUGUAUUGUUUACAAAAUAAUAUAACCAUAGAAGAUUUAUUAAAAAUAAUAAAAAAGAAUAUAGAAUUAAUAGAAACUAAAUACAAUGAUUUAUUACAUGAAUUUAUUGAUAAAUAUUUUCCAUUAAGUAAUGAACCAUUAUUACCAGAUUUUAAAGAUUUAAAUUAUCCUGAAAACUUACCAACUUUAGUUAUAGAUUUAAAUUAUGUUAUUGCAAAACUGGAAUACAAUAGAAAAACAGGAUGGAGAGUAUUAAAAAGACCAUAUGCGGAUUUAUUUUUUAAAGAAUUAUCUAGUUUUUAUGAGAUUGUUAUUUGGUCAGAUGACAAUUUCCCAGUAGCACAAGAAGUCAUAUCGAGAUGGGGAAUACCUGCAAUAGGUUGUUUACACAGAGAUCAAUGUUCAAAAAAAAAAAAAUUUUAUGUAAAAGAUUUAAAAAGAUUAGGAAGAAAUUUAGACAGAGUAGUAAUUAUUGAUCAUGAUUCACAUGCAUUUAUGCUACAACCGGAAAAUGGGAUAUUAAUUAAAGAAUUUCAUGGGGAUGUAAAUGAUAAAGAAAUAUUAUGUCUCAUUGAUUUAUUAAAGUCUUUUGCGAUUAGUACUUAUGAUAUUAGACAAUUUUUAAAAAAAUAUGGAGGAGGAGAUUAUAAUAUAGGAAAAAGAUAUUUACAAUUAAAAAGUGAUACAGAACAAAAAUCAAAACGAAUUAGAAAUAUAGGGAAAAUUUUUCAUUUAGAUAAUAAAAAAACACCAAAUGGCAUUUCUUUUAACUCUUAG